AUGGCGUUCAAUUUCGGCUCCGCCGCGGGCGCAGCGACCAACCAAGGCACAACUGGCUUUUCCCUGGGAAGUUUUACUCCCAAAACUACGGCAUCAGGUUUUGGAUUUGGUACCAAUACCACAACAGCAUCAACAGGAUUCGGCGGUGGAUUUGGUGGUUUUGGAACCACAUCUACUACAGCUUCUGGCACCGGUUUUAGUUUUUCAGCCCCUACUAACACUGGCACAACAGGUCUGUUUGGAAACAAUCAAAACAAAGGAUUUGGAUUUGGCACUUUUGGAACAGGAACGAACACUAGUCUUGGCACUGGUAUUUCAACUGGUUUUGGUUUGACUGGUUUCAAUACUCAGCCUCAGCAACAACCACAACAAAAUGUUCUUGGAGGUGGACUUUUUGGACAGCCAGCGCAAAAUUCGAAUCAGUCAAAUCAGCUGUACAAUGCAGCAAGUGCACUCAAUGCACCAACAUUACUUGGUGAUGAGAGAGAUGCCAUCUUGGCAAAAUGGAACCAACUUCAGGCCUUAUGGGGAACAGGAAAAGGUUAUUUCAACAGUAAUAUACCCCCUGUGGAGUUCACGCAAGAAAACCAUUUUUGCCGGUUUAAGGCCAUUGGUUAUAGUUGUAUAGCCAGUAACAAGGAUGAAGAUGGUCUUGUGGAGUUGGUGUUUAAUAAAAAAGAAGCAGACAUUCGAGCCCAGCAACAACAGUUAGUGGAAUCAUUGCACAAAGUCCUAGGAGGGCACCAGACCCUCACUGUUAAUGUGGAGGGUGUCAGAACUGUGCCUGAUGACCAAACAGAAGUUGUCAUAUAUGUUGUAGAGCGCUCACCAAAUGGAACUUCAAGAAGAGUCCCAUCAAGUUCUUUACAAGGCUACUUUGAGCAAGCCAAUGUGAAAGCUAAUUUGCAGCAGCUGGGAGUGGCAUUAACCAUGGCCAGAACAGAGCUGUCCCCAGCACAAAUAAAGCAGCUACUGCAAAACCCUCCUGCAGGUGUGGAUCGCAAUAUUUGGGAGCAAGCAAAAAUAGACAACCCUGAUCCAGAGAGGCUGAUCCCUGUUGCAAUGGUUGGCUUCAAAGAGCUACUUAGAAGACUUAAAGUUCAAGAUCAGAUGACAAAACUGCACCAGAGUAGACUAGAUAUGAUAUCUGACGACAUAAGUGAACUGCAAAAAAAAAUCAGGCAACAACAGUGGCUAAGAUUGCACAGUACAAAAGGAAACUACUGGAGCUAUCCCACAGAGUCCUUCAGGUUUUAAUAAAACAAGAAAUUCAGAGGAAGAGUGGAUUUGCAAUUCAAGCAGAAGAGGAGCAUCUGCGUGUGCAGCUAGACACCAUCCAGAGUGAACUUAAUGCUCCUACACAGUUUAAGGGUAGACUUAAUGAACUAAUGUCACAAAUUAGAAUGCAGAACCACUUUGGAGCAGUGAGAUCAGAAGAAAAUUAUUAUGUAGAUUCAGAUCUGUUGAGAGAAAUCAAGCAGCACUUAAAACAACAGCAGGAAGGACUGAGCCAUUUAAUUGGUAUCAUCAAGGAUGAUCUGGAAGACAUCAAGCUGAUUGAACAAGGGUUGAGUGAUAAUGUUCACAUACGUGGAGGAAUGUUCAGCUGA